UGUUGGUCUAGCUACCUCGAGGCACUUUGUAUAAACUUCUUAUCCGUUGUUGUUGAGUAAUACCACAAAAAUGGAAGACAAAGCGAACGCUAGUAGUACUGCAGUGGAGACUGCAGAAAAUCCUGCUACACCGGCGAAGAAACCAUCGAAAAGCAAGUCAAAAUCGCAGCGUGAGAAAGCAUCCCAUCCACCAACAUCGGAAAUGGUUAACGCUGCUAUUAAGGAAUUGAAGGAUCGGAAAGGCUCGUCCCUGCAAGCUAUAAAAAAAUACAUCGCCACCACGUAUAAAGUUGACGGGGAAAAAUUCGCCCCGUUCAUUAAGCGGUAUUUGAAGACCGCUGUGACAUCCGGCACUGUCGUCCAAACUAAAGGCAAGGGGGCAUCUGGAUCUUUCAAGCUCUCUAGUGGAAAGACUGAGACUUCCAAGGUGAAAAAGGUACCGCAUCCAGCGAAAAAAUCUACGCCGAAGAAGACACAGUGGGUAGAGAAGAAGACAGUUUCGAAGAAAACUGCCCCAGCUAAGAAACCAGCAACACCGAAGAAAGCUGCCGCCGAAAAGAAACCGGCACCAGUGAAGAAGAGCCCGUCCAAGGCAGCUGUUGCAAAACCUAAAGUUGCUACUGAAGCCAAAAGCAUGUCGAAAACUAAAAAGACCGCCAAAGCACCAGCAGCCAAAACCAAGACUCCUAAACCCAAGAAAGCUGCGACACCAAAGACGCAGAAGGCUUCAGCAAAAAAAUAAUUAUUUUU